UAGAUGCACCUGUGCUUCUUGUUUACACACAAACAUUUACUGCAGAGGACAAGUGGGGAAAUGUCCAAUUAGCAUGUGACUAAAUAUGGCACUGAUGUCUUUGUUGACUUCAAUUAGGCUUGUUUGAAUAUACAGCAAAGUCAACUGGUGCAUGCUGCUGGUGCCUUUCCUUUCAAAAGUUUACUUUACAAGUGGUUAAAAAUACCACAAAGGCAUACAGCUUCCCAAAAUAUGUGUUGUUGCAAUAGAAAUGAAUGCAGUAGAAAGUAAAGCAGCAGCAACAGGGCUUUACCAACUCUGAGUGGGGGAAAAGGAGUCUCACACCUCCCUCAAUGUCAUUUCAAUGUGGACCAUCACACAUUGGACGGGAUUAUAUGGGCAUAUUCGAGGUAGUAUGUAUGUGUAUAUGUGUAUUCUUACCGAAUCUUAGAACGUGUGGCAUCCCGCGAGAGUGACCAAGAAAGAGCAGCAGAAGCGGAAUGAGCCUAAGCUUGGACCUGAAAACGACACUGCUUAUCAUCAGAGGACGGGAGGUAAUCUUCAUGUUGUUUGCAAAAAAAAAAAAAAAAAAAAAGAAUGCACGGUGGUUUUAAUCCCGCCGGCGCGUGGGUUCGAUAUCUCCCGUUCCUUUCUUAAUUCUCGUCGCAGUCGUUUUUUCCUGUUUUUUUUGGGAUGCGCAAGAUCACGGCAUGGUCACUUGCGCGCUCCCAAAAUCCAUUAGCAGUCCCGGCAUGGUUCUUCUCUGCUCUUCUUCUUCUUCACUGCAGCAAGAUGCAACAAUCCUUCGGGUCGUGGGAAGAUGGGACAUCCAUGUCGAAAGGGCUCCGAGUACAGGAGAGGAAGUGUGUGUCGGUUUGUCAGGGAGGAGAGGGAGCCCGAGCAUGGGCUGUUGAAGACGCUGGAGCGGGGACGGAGAGCGCCAAGCAGAGGAUACAGCAGCGAUGUGCAGCCCCCCCCCUCCUAUGAGGCACUGUGGGCUGCAUGCCCUCCCAUUCUACUGCACUGCUGCACAGCCUGUGACGUGGCGCCAAGGACUACCUGUUUCCUGUUGUAUAAUGGCUAGCUGCUAGCGAUCAUACAUGCUGAAUGAAGGCAGAAGUUACGCGGCUGUAGGGCGCCUGGAAUACUGGAAAUGAAUCUUCUGUUCAUGGAGGACGACGAGGUGGAAUAUGUUUGAAACAAGGAUACAAAAACGCUGCAGCCUAACGGCUCCAGGACAAGCCACGAUCAGACGACGUUCCCGCUGCUCCUGAAAGCUGCCUUGUACUGCACUCCUCCCCAUUGAACAAGAUGCCGGUGAUGGAUGCAAGCCGCCACUUAGGAUGCAUGACUUUACAGCCCAUCUAAGGAAUACCAAACACACUGGAUUCGAUAUUUAAUGCACACCUUUCCUCUCGACAAGAGCAAUUAAAAAAAGAAUACAGUCACCAUGACGAAGAGGCUGAUGUGAAGGAGCAACAUAGCCGCAUGCAAGCCAAGAGCCACCAGUGACCACCAGCACAGAAAUGAAGGAGAAGUCCAAAACGGCAGCAAGGACUAGACGGGAAAAGGAGAACAGUGAAUUUUAUGAACUGGCCAAAAUGCUGCCUUUACCGUCGGCCAUCACAUCCCAACUGGACAAAGCGUCCAUCAUUAGACUGACCACAAGCUACCUGAAGAUGAGGAUAGUCUUCCCGCAGGGUUUGGGCGAAGCUUGGGGUGUUACAAAUCGAACAAGAUCUUUGGAUAACAUUGGACGUGAGCUGGGCUCUCAUUUACUGCAGACAUUGGACGGCUUUAUAUUCGUUGUAGCUCCAGAUGGGAAAAUAAUGUACAUUUCAGAGACAGCUUCUGUCCACUUAGGACUGUCCCAGGUAGAGUUGACCGGAAACAGUAUUUAUGAAUACGUGCACCCUGCCGACCAUGACGAGAUGACAGCAGUUCUGACGCCACAUCAGCCCUACCACUCACAUUUUGUACAAGAGUAUGAAGUGGAGCGCUCUUUUUUCCUGAGAAUGAAAUGUGUGCUGGCCAAAAGAAACGCAGGCCUCACCAGUGGUGGAUACAAGGUGAUCCACUGCAGUGGCUACCUGAAGAUUCGUCAGUAUAGUUUGGACAUGGCACCUUUUGAGGGCUGCUACCAGAACGUGGGCCUGGUGGCCGUGGGACACUCUCUACCCCCCAGCGCUGUCACAGAAAUCAAACUGCACAGCAACAUGUUCAUGUUCAGAGCCAGUUUGGACAUGAAGCUCAUCUUCCUUGACUCCAGGGUUGCCGAGCUGACAGGUUACGAGCCACAAGACCUGAUUGAGAAAACUCUUUACCAUCACGUCCACAGCUGUGACAUCUUCCACCUCCGCUGUGCCCACCACCUCCUGCUGGUAAAGGGCCAAGUCACCACUAAGUAUUACCGGUUCCUGGCCAAGCAAGGCGGAUGGGUGUGGGUGCAGAGUUACGCAACUAUCGUCCACAACAGCAGGUCGUCGAGACCCCACUGCAUAGUCAGCGUCAACUACGUCCUUACGGACACAGAAUACAAGGGAAUGCAGCUGUCCCUGGACCAAAUGAGCCCCACCAAGCCUGCUUUCCCUUACAUUGACAGUCUGAAUGAAGACAGGAAGAGCACAAAGUCACGUCUGACCCAAGCAAAGGCCAAAGCCCGAGUGUCACCCUACCCGCAGCAGUUCUCAGCGUUCAACCCAGAGCGUUCCGAGUCAGACCAGGACAGCCAAUGGGGAGGGAGCCCGCUGACGGAGUCGGCCUCGCCUCAGUUGUUAGAUCCGAGCGAAGCCGCCGAGGCAUCGUGCGCCUACAGACUGUAUCCAGAGUCGGGCUCCCUGUGCUACGGUCUGGGUCUGCUGGAGGAGGAUCUCGCGCACGCCCAGACCCGCCCUCACCCGACCGCCUGCGAUCGGGCUCGAUGUCAAAGCGGGCGCUACUUUUUGGGAGCUCCCCAAUCGGGGAGAGAGAUGUGGUGGGACGCCACCCGUUCCGUGCUGUCCCUACCGAAACCAUCUGCAGAGAACAGCGAAGGCUACGAAAUCACGUCCUACCACGGAGCCUUUCACGGACGAGGCCACUGGGAUGAAGACAGCGUCAUGAGUUCUCCGGAUGGCGGAGGGUCCACCAGUGAUUCGGGUGAGCGCUACCACCAGGACCACUUCCAAGGUAGUCCUCGAGAGCCCAGCAAGAUGGAGACCCUCAUUCGUGCCACACAGCAGAUGAUCAAAGAGGAAGAGAGUCGCUUGCAGCAGCACAAACCCCCUUUGGACGUUUCAAGCCUCACAAAGGCUCACAGUCCGUGUUUUACCUCCUCCCUACCUCAUCAGUCGCAGCUCAGCAUGCCCAGCAGCGUGGUCUGCCGAGGCCCGGGAGCCCCGAGCAUCGACCUUCCCUCUGAACGCCUCCAUCAUCGGAUCAAACCGCCAGGUUCUCAUGAAAACAAUGAUGAAAACACAACCAGUCCUGGCUCCCUGUCUCGCCUCAGCAGCCCCAGCUCUGAUGGCAUCCCCAGGUCUGGUCUGUCCCUCACCAAAGACUACAUGCAGACCGAUCUGUCCCCGCAUCCGUCGCAACCACAAGGGAGCCUUCUGCUCUAUCCAUCCCAGGAGAGGCAGCCUCCAGACAGGCAAGCGGCAUACGCAUUGACUGGGUACUCCCUGGAACACCUGUAUGACCCAGAGAGCCUACGGAGUUACUCCGGACUUGCUUGUGGAGGAGUCCAGUACGAUGUGGCGACACACAUGAGGAUGCAGGCGGAGCAGAUGCAGGGACACAAAGCCACCUCUGUGAUUAUAACCAACGGGAGCUGACAAUAUCUGAUGCUGAUAGGUCCUAUUCUCUAAAGCAUGGGAAUAUUAUCUACGCUGAGGGAUUGUUCUUGACACUGGAGCAUGCUCUUUUCCAAGAAUGUUCAUGAACUCAUGUUCACAAAGCCAAGAGGCAAAGGUCGAGGUUUUUUCCACAAUAUGGGGAGAAGAGUGUUAUUUUAAUGGCGGUGAACUGAAUUCCCUUCUUCCUGCAGAGGCGACCGAGGUGCUGAGUCUGGUUAAACAUCAAGCUGAUCUUUGCAGCACGAAUGUCUCAUGCGCUAUUGGCUUUGUUGGUUAAUCUAUCUUGGAUUUCCAGUGGCUGUAAGAGAAUGUGUUGCUCCAUCGCCCUUUCUCCUAAGAACUCCAUUGCACAGAAGAGUAGGAAUAAUGUUUGACGCAACAUGGGAAAGCGUUUCACUAGUGUAUAAUGUUGAUGGUUCUUUGUAUUUUUUUGUCUUUAGGUAAUUUCCUGUCCAAACAGAGUAGUUUCGGUGUUUGGCUAACAGUGGAAACACAGCAGGCGAAAUGCUUCUGAUUGUAAAACUUUCAAACGUAGCGUCCGAGACAUUAUUCAUGUAUAUAUCACUUUAAAACAACAAUGUUUACAUAUCAGGAUAUAAACCUCCCCAUGUUUUUACCUCGUUAGCAUAGCAGUGCAACAUGCUUUGAAAUCCUGCUUCACACGCAACUUGUUUGUCAUAACUAAAAUGUGCUGAAUGUCUUCUCUUCUAUUUAAUUUAUAA